AUGCUCAAAGUACUUGACAAUAAAUACACACAGAGGAUUGUACCGAAUUACACGAUUACCUUUUGGAUUAAAGUGACACUAGCAAUAUUCCAGCAAAUCAUGGAUACUGUGUUACAUGAUUGUGAAUUUUCAAUCCCGUAUUUGGACGAUGUUUUAAUCAAGAGUAAUUCUCGCGAACAGCAUGGGGAACGUAUAAAAGCUGCGUUGUUCACAUUGAGUGAAGGAAAAUGCGAAUUCUUUCUAUCCAUAUUUAAGUAUAUGCUGCAGAUAAUUGAUAAAAGUGCUAGACGCCCUGACUCGUCUAGGGCAGACGCAAUAAGGAAUAUGCCUGCACCGACAAAUAUUCCAAAUUUACAAGUAUUUCUUGGGUUGGCAAACUAUUAUCAAAACUACAUUCCUAAUAUGCACAAGAUUGUUCAUGCGGACUGCCUUUUGUGGUUAAUUCCACAAAAUAUGGAAGAGACCGUUAUAGUUACACUACAGGCAGAAAGUGAAAUUAGAAGUAUUAUGACGAACGUUAUACAACAACUACCGGCGACUACACAGAAUAUAAAAAUGAAAGCUAUAGGUGAUGAGUAUAUUACGGAAAUAAAAGAAGCUUUAAAAAAUAAUCAGAAUAAAACUUCAGAUGCCAGUAGAUUUUCAAUUUGCGAUGAUAUUCUGAUAUAUGCUCAAAGAGUGGUGGUUCCAAUUACAUUUCAAAAAUAUGUAUUGCAGCAAUUUCACAGCGGACAUCUAGGAAUGACAAGGAUGAAGGCUUUGAUGAGGAAUUAUGUCUAUUUGCCGUCUAUGGACCGAGAUAUCAAAAAACUUGGUUAG